GUAUUUAUUCAUCCUAAGCCACCUGAAAUUUAUCCGUGGCUUGGAGUUUUGAGCGUGCCGCCAUGACCAAUGUUGCCAACUUAUUAGAAUUCACGGGCUUGGAAUUGGCAACACUGAUCAUGGCGUUCAAAGACCGGCUUCGGUCGUCAAUCGUUGACAGGUCGGUUUAUCGGGGGUCGAACUUUGCGCUGACGACUGUCGCCGAUGGCGUCGACGUCAACAAUCUCGACUAUCACGACGUCGCUGUGGUUCGUCGUAAUUACGGCCUUAGUUGCGACUCAUCAGUACGGUCGCGUCCGUGGAGCGUGUGACAUCGUAGAGCGCUACGCGGCAUCUUGCGACUCGCGGCCAUUGUCGGCGCCAUCUUGUCAAAGUCCGAUAAAAAAGAUGGUGGCGGUGUCCACGUGCCGCGCCAAGGUCGCGGCCUUCAGGGCCGUGAUAUUGGGCGCCCCGGCUUCCGGGAAGGGAACCGUCUCCUCGAGAAUCGUCGACAACUUCGGCGUCGUGCACAUUUCCAGCGGAGACAAGUUACGCUUGCACGCGGCCAAUAAUACCGAACUUGGCAAGGAGGUGAAGAAACAUCUCAACGAGGGCACUUUCGUUCCCGACGACACAAUGAUCUCAUUGAUCGGCAAGGAGAUCGAAUCGCUGGGAGAACGAAACUGGCUGCUGGAUGGAUUCCCGAGGACUUUGUCGCAGGCGGAGAAAUUGCAGAAGUUGCAUCCGGUCAGUCUGGUGCUGAACCUCGUGGUACCUCACUCGGCGAUCCUGGAAAGAAUUCAAAGCAGAUGGGUACAUCUGCCCAGUGGUAGGGUGUACAAUAUCGGGUUCAAUGAUCCAAAAGUACCGGGAAAGGACGACGUCACCGGGGAGCCUCUGAGCCAGAGGGCGGACGACAAGCCGGAAAUUGUGAAGAAACGACUGAAGGAUUAUGCGAGUAAAACGGAGCCCGUUAUACGGUUUUACAGGGACCUCGGGGUCCUCCAGGACUUCGAGAGCAGCACUACCGACGAAAUGUGGCCGAAAAUUAAGGAAUGCGUGGCGAAGUUUGUGCACAAGUGAUUUGCAAGGAGGACUUCACGUAGAGUCGGCAGGUGCUGUUGUUCAGUCAUUUUUUUUUUAUCUAUAGUGGGAACCAAAGGUACAACUUGCAUUCUAAGUAAUACGAAAGCGGCGAAGGGAUCAUUUUCGUCAGAUUACAGAUCGAUGUCACGUAACGAAGUCUACCGGGUGAAUUCCGAUUUUGUAGCCUUUUAUUAUCCGAGGAAUUUAUCUUUGUAUUUCGAUGAGUUUUAUCGCGAGGCGAUUUUUUUUCUUUUCUUUUGUAGGAUUUUUGCACCAUGUGAGGUGUUAGUCAAGAAUCGCGAGCAAGGUUUAAUGAUAAUGGGAUCGGUCGUCUCAUGUUCAAGGGUUACAGUCCGAUUCCAUUAUCAGUGAGUAGCUCCGAUGAAAUUAAUAUUGUGGAUAUGUAGAUACAUGUAUAUAUAAGACGUUUGAGACUCGAUGCAGGCGAAUUUUACAGAGGCAUGCAAAUAAUUGUUUAGUAACUACGUCAAGGGAAUGACGUAAUAUCCUUGUAAUUUAUUAUAAUUUAUAGAGUUAAGGAAAGUUACAGGUCGCCGCACAAACUGUUUAUCUGGAUCGUAGAUAAACUCGAUUUCGUACAUAGCUCUCGUACAAAGAGUGGCCUAAUUCGUCAUGUAUGAGAUCGGCGAAUUUAGUAUAAAAGAAAUACAGCUCAAACUUUAAUUGUAUUGAAAUAAUCAUAUAGCUGGGUCGAACGAGUUGUAGGGCGAUUUUUCUAAUUAAUCGAUAUAGGCUUUAUGAAGUUCGAUAUCGUGGAAACGGCAAACUUUUUAAUUAUGGAGCUGCGUACAGAGAACGAUAAGAAAUAGGAAUUGCAAAAAUCUUUUAACGCCGUGAUUGUAUUUUUUUUUUCUGUGCUGAUUUAAGUAUCCCUUGAAAGAAUCAAAUCAUCGUUUAUGUACUUCCCGGUAUUUCUUAAGCGCACAAAUUGAACACACAGGAUAUAACAUUGUAAGAAUCGCAUUUUCCAUUUACGAGGUUUCUGUGUAUUGCAUGAUAACAAAUCAAGAAACUUGUAAUAAUGUGUGAUGUGAACGCGAAUCAUAAAAUGUAACGCAAGGUUAUAUAUAAGGAGAAGUUUUAGUACAAUUUCUCACAUUU